AUGUCGUACCGUCAACAGAGCUUAGAGAAAGUCUCAAUCAAACUGUAAGCACGAUUUCGAGGUGAAGAGGACCAUACCGAACUUGAAUGACCUGAUAUCGUCUUUGUCCGAAUCAUCAGCAUUUGUGCAUCACCCAUAUAUGCGAAUCCGGUCUGCCAUGGCAGCAUUAUACCGACGGGUGUCGUUCUCAGAAGUAUAUGAAACAAUAUACCUUCAAGACUCUGACGGCACGCCUUCCUUCCGAGAUAACAGCCCCUCUGGCUUCCUAUAUAUCGCAUCCGGACCUCGCAUCAAGUUCGACAUCUCCUCCCUCUCUAUCCAAGUUGAUUCUCCUAGUCCGGCAUUGACAAGAUGCUCUUCUUUGAGAACAUCUUUCAGCUCUUGUAUCGCACAGUCUGGUCCGAUGGAGCGCAAGUCCCCGUGCUAGCCACAGGCGCCGUUGUUGCCCAAACCGGACUUGCUCCGAAGGCUUUCAAUAGUUUGCCUCUGGGCGCCGUCUUGCCCACAGGAUGGCUCUAUGAUCAAGUGAUGGUCCAGACCAAUGGUUUGGCUGGACAUGAACACGACUUCUACGACUAUGUGGCGCAGUCUGACUGGAUUGGCGGUGACUCCUACUACUCAUACCUUGAAGAAGCGGGAAGCUACUGGUUUAACGCCAUGGUCCCGAACGGCGUCCUUGUCAACGAUAGCACCAUUCAAUCUCAAACCCAGGAAUUCCUUGAUUACGUGCUCGACCACCAAGACUCCGAAGGCUGGCUCGGUCCUGAGGUGAACACGACCAAGCCAAAAUACCUCUGGGGCCGCUACCCGUUCUUCUUCGGUGCACAGCAGAUGGUCGAGUAUGAUCCCAGUCAAGCAGACAGAGUUAUCCCCGCGCUACACAAGUUCGUGAAACUCGCGAAUACGAUGCUGCACAACGGCACAGGCCUGGAGGACUGGGCGAGGACGAGGUGGGAGGACUUUGUGAUUACGUUGCAAUGGCUAUACGAUGACUAUCCCGAAGGGAACGAAGACCUUUUAUUGGACACGAUGCAGAUGCUCAAGUAUACCGGUGACCCCUGGGAGGAUGUCUUCGAGGAGCAGUACUUUCCCACCGGUCCUGUCGAGGACCUAGAGAAUCCCUUCCCUGAGUUGACCUGGCACGGAGUCAACAUGGCCGAAGGCCUGAAGGCUCUACCUGCUACCUACCGGUUCACGCAUAAUCAGUCGGAUUUGGACAGGAUCAGCUCCGGUUGGGAUUUGUUGUUCGAGUACCACGGCCGUCCAUCAGGUAUCUACGCCGCGGAUGAGUAUCUUGCUGGGCUUGCUGCCGUCAGGGGAACGGAACUCUGCUUGGUCGUCGAAGUCAUGUUCUCAGGAUCUUACUUAUUCCAAGUUUCUGGCGAUCCCAAGUAUGCCGAUAGGGUUGAACGUAUCACCUACAAUGCUCUGCCGGCGACCUUGACUGGAGAUAUGUGGUCUCGUCAGUACUUGCAAGAACAGAACCAGAUCGCUGCUCAGAACAUGACUCCUAACCCAUUCCCUGAGGACGGACCUUACUCCAAUGUCUUCGGAUUGGAGCCCAACUAUCCCUGCUGUACCGUCAAUCACCCGCAAGGAUGGCCCAAAUUUGUUACCAAUAGCUUCGUGACCACCCCCGACAGCGAAUCGCUUGUCCACGUUUAUCUUGGCCCAUUCUCCACAUCGCAGACCCUUUCAAACGGCAGCAACCCCGUCUCCGUCAGCGUUGACACUCUCUACCCUUUUUCUGAUACUUUGACGACGACUAUCAAUGCCGAGAAGGCGUUCACGUACUAUGUCCGUGUGCCCAGCUGGGUAACGAACGGUACUAUCAGCAUGAACGGUGGUGAGGCAACUGCGUUGAGCCCUUCGAACGGACUUCAAGCUGUGAAGGCUUCUGCAGGCACGACGCAGUUUGUCCUGGACUUGCCCGCAGAUAUUACCAUCGAAUCUCGUCCAAACAACUCCGUAGCGGUUCACCGUGGUCCUCUGCACUACGCCUACGACAUUCCGCGCAACGAGACCGUCCUGACCCGCAAUGCACUCGAAUCUCGUGCUGUCGACCUCCAAUUUGAAGCCACCGGGACUUGGCAAUACGCCAUUGACCCGUCGACCCUCAAGUUCAACAACAACCCGCCACAGGACGGCACACUCCCGUCGCCUGUGUUCGACAAGGGGCUUCCACCGUUUACCAUUACUGCGAGCGCAUGUGAGAUAGACUGGGCGAUCGCGGGAAGUACGUUUGCGAGUGCGCCGCCGGAGAAUGUGAGCUGUACGGGCAAUGCGACGGAGAUCACUUUGUGGCCGUUCGGGGCUACGAAGCUUCGUAUCGGAGAGUUCCCAACCUUUGACUCCUCUGCACUCUGAGCGAUAUGUAAUUGUGGCGCGAAAUACUAGAAAUGAGGAAGACUGGAAACAGGACAUAGCUGAUGUACGAUACUUUCAGUCGAACAGACCUUCUUUCAACCUCGGUAUUUUGGUGGAUAUCUUGACAGUAGUACAACUAUGGAAAUUCUCAGUUAUUUUGUCGUAGCCGGCGAUAUUUUAUUGGUCGAUUCGCACGGGUGC